AGCAGCUGCUGGCCUAUCGAGUCCGAUACACUUUCACCUAAGGAUGUUUUGAUCGUCAAGGAUCGCAUGCAUCCGAUACAUACUAACGCAUGCUGCCUUCCGACGGGAUACCUAUAGAGAAGUAAGAAGCCAUUACGGAUAACAGAGAUGUAUGAAUUCAACAUUGCUUGCAGGAGGAGCCGAUAAAGAUUUUCCCAUGGGCCGGAGCGGCAAAAUUUCAGAGGUGUGGAAAUGUUCAGAAAGAGACUUCCCCCAGAGGAGGAAAGGAGAGUCAGGGCCAACGAUAGAGAGUACAAUGAGAAGUUCCAGUAUGCUAGCAACUGCAUCAUGACCUCAAAGUACAACAUCAUUACCUUCCUUCCAGUCAACUUGUUUGAGCAGUUCCAGGAAGUUGCCAAUACCUACUUCCUGUUUCUUCUCAUACUGCAGUUGAUUCCACAGAUUUCCUCAUUAUCCUGGUUCACUACCAUUGUGCCUUUAGUGCUGGUGCUGAGCAUCACUGCAGUCAAAGAUGCCACCGAUGACUAUUUUCGUCACAAGAGUGACAACCAGGUGAAUAACCGUCAGUCUCAGGUCCUCAUCGGUGGCAUUCUUCAGAAGGAGAAAUGGAUGAAUGUCAGAGUGGGUGACAUCAUCAAACUGGAGAACAAUCAGUUUGUGGCAGCUGACCUGCUCCUGUUGUCCAGCAGUGAACCACAUAGCCUCUGUUACAUUGAAACUGCGGAACUGGAUGGCGAAACGAACAUGAAGGUGCGUCAGUCUCUGUCUGUUACCUCAGAGCUGGGAGAUCCUAAUAACCUGGCCCAGUUUGAUGGAGAAGUGCUGUGUGAGCCUCCCAACAACAAGCUUGACCGUUUCUGCGGGACUCUGUAUUGGAAAGACUGUAAAUACCCCCUCAGCAACCAGAACAUGCUGCUUCGCGGCUGCGUACUGCGCAACACAGAGAGCUGCUAUGGCCUUGUUAUUUUCGCAGGUCCUGACACCAAACUGAUGCAGAACAGCGGACGGACCAAGUUCAAGCGGACCAGUAUAGACAGACUGAUGAAUACACUGGUGCUGUGGAUUUUUGGGUUCCUGGUGUGUAUGGGAGUGAUCUUGGCCAUAGGAAAUGCAGUUUGGGAGAAAGAAGUGGGUGCUCUGUUCCAGAGCUUCCUUCCCUGGGACCCACCAGUGGACAACUUCUUGUUCUCGGCCUUCCUGUCUUUCUGGUCCUAUGUCAUCAUCCUCAACACAGUCGUGCCCAUCUCUCUCUAUGUCAGUGUGGAGGUGAUUCGCCUGGGUCACAGUUAUUUCAUUAAUUGGGACCGGCGGAUGUUCUGUAGCCGUAGUAACACAGCAGCAGAGGCCCGGACCACCACACUAAAUGAAGAGCUUGGACAGGUGGAGUACAUCUUCAGUGACAAGACAGGAACACUCACCCAGAACAUCAUGACCUUCAACAAGUGCUCCAUCAACGGUCGCGCAUAUGGUGAGGUGAUGGACAUUCUGGGAGCUCAGCAGAAGAGGGUCCAGCCCCUAGACUUUAGUGCUUGGAACCCUUUAGCAGACCGGGACUUCUGUUUCUACGACCAGUCUCUGCUAGAGGCAGUGAUGGUGGGAGAACCAGCAGUGCAUGAAUUCUUACGGGUCUUGUCUCUCUGCCACACGGUCAUGAGUGAGGAGAAGAGAGAGGGAGUGCUGGUGUAUAAGGCUCAGUCUCCAGAUGAGGGGGCGUUAGUAACAGCUGCACGUAACUUUGGCUUUGUGUUCCGCUCUCGCACACCUGGCACAGUCACCACACAUGAGCUCGGCAAAGCCGUCACAUACACACUCCUCGCCAUCCUGGACUUCAAUAACAUCCGCAAAAGAAUGUCUGUCAUAGUGAGGAAUCCAGAGGGCCGUAUCCGUCUGUACUGUAAGGGCGCAGACACUGUGCUUUUCGAGAGGCUUCACUCUUGCAACCAUGAACUAAUGAAUAUCACUUCAGACCAUCUCAACGAGUAUGCAGGUGACGGCUUACGGACGCUUGCAUUGGCCUAUCGGGAUCUGUCUGAGGAGCAGUGGGAGGCGUGGGCAGAGCGUUUCCGCGGCGCUGAUAAAGCCACAGACUGCAGAGACGACCGGCUGGCUGCAGUUUAUGAGGAGAUCGAACAGGACAUGAUGCUGUUGGGGGCCACAGCUGUGGAAGAUAAAUUGCAAGACGGGGUUCCUGAGACCAUUGCCAUUCUCUCACUGGCUAACAUCAAGAUCUGGGUGCUUACUGGAGACAAACAGGAGACUGCAGUGAAUAUUGGUUAUUCUUGUAAGAUGCUGACAGAUGACAUGACAGAGAUCUUCAUUGUUAAUGGACACACUGUGCAAAGCGUACGUGAAGAACUGAGGAAAUCAAGAGAGCGAAUGCUGGAGUCGGCACGCACCAGAGAUGGAGGGAAGGAAGUUGAGGCUCAGGGAUGGGGUGGUGCUUGUGCCUUUGGAAAUGGAUGUGGAGGUGGUGGUGCUUCUAAUUGGGUCCCUAAUAAGAGUAAAUGUUCGCCUCCUCAGGCUCCGCCCUCCUCCUUAUUGGAGUCAAUCAGUGGAGAGUUCGCCCUCAUCAUCAGUGGACACAGCUUGGCUCAUGCUUUGGAAGCGGAUAUGGAGCGUGAGUUUUUGGAGACGGCGUGUGCUUGUCGAGCAGUGAUCUGCUGCAGAGUGACUCCUCUUCAGAAAGCUCUGGUGGUGGAACUGGUUAAAAGACAUAAGAAAGCUGUCACACUCGCCAUCGGAGACGGAGCCAAUGACGUCAGCAUGAUAAAGACAGCUCACAUUGGCGUGGGCAUCAGCGGACAGGAGGGGAUCCAGGCUGUGCUGGCAUCAGAUUACUCCUUUUCCCAGUUUCGCUUCUUGCAGCGACUUCUGCUGGUGCACGGACGCUGGUCCUAUCUGCGCAUGUGCCGUUUUCUCUGUUACUUCUUCUACAAGAACUUUGCCUUCACUAUGGUGCACUUCUGGUUCGGGUUCUUCUGUGGAUUCUCAGCGCAGACUGUCUACGACCAGUACUUCAUCACUCUCUACAAUAUCGUAUACACAUCCCUGCCUGUGUUGGCCAUGGGCAUCUUUGAUCAGGAUGUUCCUGAACAGAGGAGUCUGGAGUAUCCAAAGCUGUAUGAGCCGGGGCAGCUGAACUUGUUAUUUAACAAGCGAGAGUUUUUCAUCUGCAUCGCGCAGGGAAUCUACACAUCCGUGGUUCUCUUCUUCAUUCCGUACGGCGUUCUCUCUCACGCCACACAGAGCAAUGGAGUCCCACUGGCAGACUAUCAAACUUUUGCAGUAACUACAGCAACAGCCCUUGUCAUCGUUGUCAGCGUCCAAAUUGCUCUGGACACGGGUUAUUGGACAGCUAUAAAUCACUUCUUUAUAUGGGGCUCUUUGGGUACCUACUUCACUAUCCUCUUUGCUAUGCACUCCAGCAUUCUGUUCAAUAUCUUCCCCAAGCAGUUCCAUUUCCUUGGAAGUGCUCAUAACACACUCGGGCAGCCAGUGGUGUGGUUAACUAUUGCUCUGGCUACCGUCAUCAGCAUUGCUCCAGUCCUUGCUUUCCGCUUUCUCAAACUGGACCUUAAACCUCAGCUCUCAGAUACUGUGCGCAACACUCAACUUGUGCUGCAGAAAAAGCGUAAGCCUGGUGGGCGUGUGGGUCGUGGAGUGGGCGGUGCCGGAGUAGCCAGUGGGAGUGCUCUUGGUCGCUUGGGGCGAGGCGGAUCGCGACGCUCCGGCUAUGCGUUUGCGCAUCAGGAGGGCUUCGGCGAGCUGAUCACAUCAGGAAAAAAUAUGCGCCUGAGCACGAUGGCUCUCGCCACGUUCGCCUCCCGCCACAGCAGCAGUUGGAUCGAUACCCUUCGCAGGAAAAAACACGCAAACAGCACUGGUGCGCAGAACAACCCGCCCACCGGAGAAGACAGUGCCGCCUCCUCUCAAACCCCACCCCUUUCCACGUCUUCCUCAGCAGCAGGCAAGGCAGGACAAGCAUGUAAUGAACCCGUCCUCACUCACAGCCCUGAUGAUAUCGCUCUCAGUGUUAUUAGGUGUCCAGAAAGAGAGGUUGGGGAAUGUAGUACAGGAACUGUGCAGGAAGCACCAUUUGUGUGGAAGGGAACUGGAGCUCGUAUCAAUGGUGCCAGCAGUCCUGGACCACCUCCCAUAGCAGAAGAAACUUCCAGUGGCGAGUGAUGGAUAGAUGGACCAACUGGAAUCCUUCAUGGGGAUGUUCACACCUUCUGACGUGUGCUCAUGUUUCUGUCUGAGGACAUGGGCAGGGAAGACACCGCCACAGACAGUAUGGGAGUAAACACAUGCUUGAAUUGAAACACAAAUGGAAAUGGAUGCAGAAGUGUGCAUACAGAAAGCAAAAGAACUGUGCUUAUUAUCAGAUUUCCUGUCAGUGAGGAGGACAAAUAUGAUGUUAUUUGACUGGAUAUGACUGAGUUUUCCAUUCUAGCCAAGAUAUCAGACAACAGACCACUAAAUAACAUUGCCAAGGCUGAUAUUACAACACACCUGACUAUCCAAAUAGCUGAUGAACUAAUUGUUCUCACAUGCUAAAUUGCAUUUUAUGUUAAACUUACAUGUAUCGUUAUAUUAAUUUCUUUUUAAUUUGGAGACAAAAAAAUCUGAAAUGUAUAGAUUAAAGCAUUUCUGUCUCAUAUUUUACUAUGAAUUUAGCAAUACAUAUCACAAUAUAUUAAUACACUGCACAUGAACAGUUUCAAGUAAGAGUUGUACAAAUAUUACCGAUAGCUAAAUGACCUGAAGUAUCAGCCUCAGCUACAGUGCCCUCCAUAAGUAUUGGAACAGUAAAGACAAAAUUGCUUUCUCUGCUGUGGAGUCAAGACAUUUGCAAAUAUGAUUAAAAGAUGAAUAUGCGUCAAAACUACAGAAGGUCACA